CUUCUUCUGCAUUUCCUCUCUGCCAUUUUCGUUCUCUCCAAAGCUCUUCGAGGCACACAAAAAAAGGACUUCGAUCACCGCCGUUUCGUAUUCCAAACAUUCGUUUAUGUGUGAGGUUUCGCAUUCGCUAUUCUUCCAUUUGCGUCGUUUCGACAAGAACAGGCACCAAUGGCUGCUGAGCGGCGCAGAUUCAGCAUAGGCUACGCGUUGGCGCCGAAGAAGCAGAGCAGCUUCAUUCGUGACACGCUCCUAAAUCUCGCGAGUUCUCGAGGGGUGGAUCUCGUGAAGAUCGACCCGACCCGGCCGCUGGCGGAGCAGGGUCCGUUCGACUGCGUCCUCCAGAAGCUGUACGGCGAGGAGUGGAAGCGGGAGUUGGAGGAGUUUCGCCGGAAAAACCCUAAUGCGGUGAUAAUCGACUCGCCGGACGCGAUCGAGCGCCUCCACAACCGAAUCUCGAUGCUACAGGUCGUUUCGGAGCUGAGGAUGGAGUCGACGAGCGAGACGUUCGGGAUCCCGAAGCAAAUAGUCAUCUACGACAAGGAGACGCUCUUCGAUCGACAGGCCUGGGAGAGCCUCAAGUUCCCGGUGAUCGCGAAGCCUCUGGUCGCCGACGGCAGCGCCAAGUCGCACAAGAUGUCCCUGGUGUACAACCACGACGGGCUCAACAAGCUCAAGCCCCCGAUCGUGCUCCAGGAGUUCGUCAACCACGGCGGGGUCAUCUUCAAGGUCUACGUCGUCGGCGAGUACGUCCGGUGUGUGAAACGCAAGUCGUUGCCGGACGUGUCCGAAGAGAGACUGGGGGUCUCCGAAGGGGUACUGUCGUUUUCGCAGGUCUCGAAUAUUGCCACGAACGAAAAUGUCGACGACAAGUACUACAAGAUGAUGCAUUUGGACGACACCGAGAUGCCGCCGCAGAGUUUUCUCGCCGAUAUCGCCGGCGGGUUACAGCGGGCGUUAGAUCUGAACCUGUUCAACUUCGAUGUGAUUCGGGACGCGAGGUUUGGGAACCGGUACCUUAUAAUUGACAUCAAUUACUUUCCUGGGUAUGCGAAAAUGCCGUGUUACGAGGCCGUUUUGACGGAUUUCUUCUUGGAUGUGGUGACUAGGAGUGAAAAGGAAGUGGUGAAGGUGAAUAAUUGUGAGAAGGAUACGAUAAAGAUUGUGAGCAAUAAUACUUGUUGCAGUGAUGGGGAUGAGAUUGGUAGGGAAGAGAAGGACAAUUCGAGAUAGGUCUGACAUCAACGGAAGCAAUUACCCGUGAAUUGGUGGUGAAUUUGCUGAAGGGAGUGAGUUCGGGGUAUUGGGUUUAGGUAGGAGAUGGUUUUGGUAUAGUGGAGAAAAUGAGUAGGAUUUGAUGAUGGGUUCUAGUUUUUUAGCCUCUUGACAGCAAUUACUUGGUGUUUUGAUGUUGAUGAUGUAUAUUCGGUCCGCGCAGUUUUACUCUGGAGAUAGGUACUUUUCUCAAAUACUCUUGAAGGUUUUAGGGAAGUUGGAAGUUGUACUUUUUAAGGCUUUCGAGUCUUUUCUUGCUUGAAAAACUGAUCUUAGCUUGUGACUUUGGCACCUUUGAUGAAUGAAAUUUACCAUUUUGUCAA